CUCGAGUCCGCCUUCACUACUGCCUUUAUCAUGGCACUCCGUCCAGAUGGCCGCGGUGUCGAGAUCUGUCAUCUCAAAGGGCGGGAAUACGACCCCCUCGGCCAGUGUCGUAUGUAUUGAGAGUGCAUCUCGUCGGCUCGCUCUCCCCAUCUUGUCAAGCCUUGUCCUUCUCUCGUCAUUGCUCCUUUAGCACUACAAGGAUGCCUUCACUCGUUCAGGCUUUCGUAUGUCUUCUUGCCUUCACGUCGUUCGCCCUGGGCGCACCCGCGAAUGAGGAUUCUUGGCCAACCACCAGAUGCUACACGUCGAGAGUGUCGACCCCAGGCGCCCUACAGUACACCAAGUGGGGCACGGUGUACACCUACACGAAAUCCAGCACGUCGACUGUCACUAAAACUCACAAAGCACGGUACACGACCACGGAGACUUCCACAACAACGGUUACCGAGACCGCCACAUUGCCUUUGCAGACGGCCACUUCUACCUCGACCACAAUUUACACUAGCAUAACUAGCAUCACAUCGACGACAACCAUCCCGACUACGGUGACCACCGCGGUCCAAGCUCCAUUCCUCGCUGUCCAGGACAGUCUCACCGGCGCGACGUACAACCCAGACGCUACCUAUCAGGCAAAGCGAAAGCGAGAUGUUGCCCUCCACGCGAGACACCACUGGCCUCACCAAGGCUUCCCAGGUCCCCGGCAGUGCUGGCAUUACACGUGUACCACUACCACUGUGACCUCCACCUACACUAAGACCCAGCGUCCGCAGACCAGUACGGUCACACAGACCUCCACAUCGACAUUCACAAGCACGCCCGGUGCGACCACAACAAUCACAGUAGUCGCAUCAAGCACAACCACUGAGACCUCCACCGUCGUCGCUACAACCAACCCCGCGACCACCGUUACAAUCGCUACUAGCAUCUCUCCCGCCGAUGCCUGCGCAACCAACAACUUCGCAAACUACUACAACGGGAACGGACUGGAUGGAUACCAUAACAGCGUAAGCAACUUCAAUACCGAUGUGGAUACAACUGCGGGCUCGGCUGCCGACUGUUGCAUGGCAGCCAUCAUGAAUCCCGAGGGACAAUUCUGGUUCUUCGCACCCCCUUCUGGAACUUGUUCCAUCACCGUGGGGAACACAUGCACUGCUGGACAACAGAGCAACAAUGCUCAGGCGAUUACUGUGCCUGCUGGAACAGAUACAGCCGCAAUCAUUGGCAAUGCGCUAUGCGGUGCGAUAGCUGGUCAGUAUGUUGCGUGAUGGACACGACUUCGGAUGGUAG